AUGGCCCUAGAGAAGGGCAAGAAGUCAGUAUCAUUGCAGUCAUUGCUGACAGGGUACAAAACACGAAAUGAAGCUAAGAUCUCAACUUCGCGGAUGGCUCAAGAUGCACAGAAUGUGAAUGAUGAUACAACGUUUGAGCAGAUUGAAGAAGAGAAUGAGCUUGAAGAUAUAGGGGUGCCGAAUUCAGAAAGUUCUCAGUUGGAUGGGGGAGCUGUAAAACGCAAAGUGUAUGAUGAUUUUGAACUUGUGGGUGUUGGUAACGAUGCAUCACAAGAAAUCAUAACUAUUGAUGAUGAUGAUGAAGGUUCUAAAGCAAGGUUACAAAGCUCUGCUAAUCAAUCGGCCACAUAUCAGAAAAAUGUAACAAAUUUAAAGGAGCUGUUGAGUGGUGGCUACAGAAAGAAACGAAAAACUGCUCAGGAGCCCUGUGAAGAUUCGAAGUAUUUAGAUGAUGAUAACACCAAAUUGGUUGAGAAAGCACAAGAACAGAUAAUCAGAUCAAUUACAAGGACAAAAAAGACUAGCUCUAAGAACUUGUUUAAUAACUUCAAAAAGAAGGCACCUAGUAGCAAAAAUCUCAAUGAAUCUUUCAGCGAUAACUUUGAGGCUAAACAUAACUGGAUUAGAUUAAAUAAUAUCUCGAAGUUAAAGGAGUUGGAAGCUCCAUGGCCUGUCUAUCAAAUGGUCAAUGAUACUGAUACCUUUUUGGCCAAACCAGUUUCACUUCCAAAGAUUAAAUCAAUCCCUAUUCCGCUUUCGAAGUUCAGAAGUUUUGAAUAUUCUAUGUUGAACAUGGCAAAAACAGACAUAUCUGUGAAUUCCAUGUCUAUUAUAUAUCCCGAUAACUACAAAUCAGGGAAAACCAUUUGGACGGAAUUUUUCAAACCAAAUAACCUAGAUGAGAUAUUAGUUGCCACGAAAGUGAAAACUUCUGUUUCAAAGUGGAUUGAGUCUGCAUUCAAGAAACUGAAGAAACCGACGGAUAGGUCUGUCCUUUUUCAGAAACUAAGGCCAGGUGGAGACGAAUUUCAAGAUUUCAUUGUUGAAGAUGAUGAUAUUAAAACGGGCGGUGGCCAACUGGAGGAAUUUGUACCCUUUAUGAUCCUUUUUGGUGAAACUGGGAAAUCGACCCUACUAGAGAUUGUUAUGCAUGAGUUGGGCGGAGAGAUCUUUGAAAUUAAUACUAGCGCGAACAGAGGAAGGAAGCAUAUCUGGGAAAACAUAAAGGAAUUCUCAACAACUCAUUUCGUUAAAAACACCGGGUCUAAUGGGUUGAUAGUAUUUGAUGAUGUUGACGUGAUUUUUAAUGAGAGGGACAAGUUCUUUUGGUCAGCUGUUGAAAAAACAAUGUUAGUAAGUAGACGACCUAUUGUACUCACUUGCAAUGAUAUUAAAAAUGUUCCAGUGAAUUUUGUGCAAAUUGCUAAAGAUCAACAGUCACUUUUCGAAGUAAAACAGGUGAAGGUAAAUAACAUAACUCAGUACUUGAAAAAUUGCAUCCGUUCUUUGGAAUUAAAAAUACCAGAUGCACUGAUACAGAAAGUAGUGACUGAUUCACGAAGGGAUAUUCGGCAAUCUAUUCUACAACUUCAAUGGUUAUGUUGUCAGCCUGGAAAGACAACAAUUACUAAAUCGACAGAAUUAUCACGGCCAAAUACCUUGGAAGAUUAUGCGAGGACUGCAGAUCUUCUGUCACACAUUGAUAUUUUACAGGGUGGUACAAGGAAUAGGUCGUGGUUUACCGAUGACCUUGACGAGACUUUAUUCAGCCCUGGUUCAAUUUCUUCUCGUUUUACUUCAGAAGAGGAAUCUAUGAAGCAUGAUUAUUUACUUGACUACAGACAGCAUUUAGUUGAAGAAACAGGUUCUCCUCUAAUGCCCUACGAAUUAAGUAUAGCAAAGUACUUAAAAGCACACACGUGGAACAUUACUGCAGGGAGUACUCAGUUCACAAAAAAGUUUUAUUCUAACUUCACUUUUGAAGCAAUUCGGUUUGUUUCCUCAGCCUUUAAAAGGGGUUCUAAUUCUGGAAAUAUGAAUCAUUCAGCAAGACUAACUAGAAGUGCCAGAAAGUCAAAUCAAAUUAUUAAUGACUUUAAAGAAAACAGUAAUGGCGAAGUAGAUGUUGAGGAUGCAUAUUUUGCCUUCAUCACAACACAUACUAGAAAGGAAAUAUGCAGGUAUUUCAAUCCAUAUUUCUAUUUAUUCGCAGAAAUGAAUCAGAAGGUACGUAAAUAUAACAUCCAGUUAUAUCAAAAAACGAAACAACAAGUAGAUCCAGAUGAUCUUAUGAGACCAGCAGAUAUCGUUUCUGACAUGUUGGUUAGAGGGAUGUUCAAAAGGAUAUACUUUCGCGGAUCUCCUGAUAAAGUAAUAGAGAUUUGGAACAAACAAAGCAACAAAAUAUGA